AUGCGCUGGUCAGUCCCAUCAUCUGGUUCCAGUGCCGCUGGAAGGUACAAAAAGUCAUAUGCGGCUGAUGUGCUGACAGAACCUGCAACUUAUGGCCACACUGCAAUAGUCGGACUACUCCUAGACAAAGGCGCCCAACCUGAUAAGGGUGAUGCGCUAAAAGCAGCCUCAUCCCGUGGCCAUACAGAAAUAGUCAGACUUCUCCUUGACGGAGGCGCACAGCCUGAUAAGGCUGAUGUGCUGACAGAAGCUGCAACUUAUGGCCACACUGCAAUAGUCGGACUACUCCUAGACAAAGGCGCCCAACCUGAUAAGGGUGAUGCGCUAAAAGCAGCCUCAUCCCGUGGCCAUACAGAAAUAGUCAGACUUCUCCUUGACGGAGGCGCACAGCCUGAUAAGGCUGAUGUGCUGACAGAAGCUGCAACUUAUGGCCACACUGCAAUAGUCGGACUACUCCUAGACAAAGGCGCCCAACCUGAUAAGGAUGUGAUUGAAAAGGCAAGAUCUCGUGGUCAUACUGAAAUAGUCGAACUACUUCUGGACAAAGACAGAUCAAUCGGACGAACUGAAAUGAAGACUAGCGUGUCGACGUCGGAUACACCAGACGCUUCAAUACGAAGUGGUGAUGAUGAUGGAGAUACGAAAUCGCUAAUCGAAAUCGUGAAGAAGAGAGACAUCGAAAAGUUUGAAACUUUAGAAAAGACAACAGAAACAACCGAAAGCAUUCUUCAUAUUGUAGCUGUGUUUGGCUCAUCAGAAAUGCUAGAAUGUAUGAGGAAAUGGAAGGUAAUCGAAUGGGAUGAAGAAAGGGAGAUCCACGAACACAUAUUCGGUGAAGCUUUGAAGGGAUUAACAGUCGGUAAUGCCACGGCGUUAUAUUUAGCGACUUUAAUGGAGAGAACGGAGAUGGUAUGCUCGCUCAUCAAAUACUCUGGAGAAGACAAUAUCAAACGCUGCUUUCGAAUAUUACACCUCAGUGACGAAAUGGAAGAGAUAUACAUGUUGGAUCAAGCCGAAAAAUUGAAAACAAAAUAUUAUAAACUUCGACCCGCCGUCAUUCCAGGACAUCGCGUGGGAAAAGAUGGACAACGCACCCGAGCUUUCAUUGUAUAUUCAACACAUGAAAAUAAGGCUUCAAACUAUGAACUUGGUGAUGGCCUCGGUUUGGUUAUGAUUCGAAAUCCGUACAUUUAUAAAAAAGAGAGAGAAUGCACCGAAGAUGGAAGAAAGAUGGUUCCAUACAAAGAUACACAACGAGCUGAAAAUGCACUAUCACUCCACCAAAGGAAUCUUUGGGCUAACCAUAGUAACUUAAAUAUUAUAAACGUCAGUCCUGUGAUAUACCGGAACAACGGAGACGACAUCAUCGAAAAGCCAUGCAUCGCACUAUACUGUAGUACAAAGGGCGUAGUGCCACUCGGAGAACCAGAGUUCCCGAAACAGUUAGAGUUAGAAGACGGUGAUUUUAUUGAUGUUGAUGUACACGAAGGUUAUUUCAAACGAGGCGGAUAUAAUUCACUGCCAAGUGAUCAUUUUCAUUCGACUCUCAAAAUGGGUUGUGAUAUCGGAAGGUCAACUCCUGAAUAUGAUGCAUGCGGGAAUCCCCUUCAACUGAUUGGAGGCACACAUGGUCCGUUUGUGAAGUUUAAUAACAAUAUUGGAUUUCUUACCUGCGCACACGUGUUGUUUGAUAUUCCAGUUACAACAAAAUGUGUAGAUUAUACACACACCGGUAACAACACAGUUGAAGUCGUACAACCUUCAGUUGAUUCAACGGCCUUUGCAGGUUCUCCAUGUGGACAUGUACAUAGAGCUAUUUUCAAUCCGCAGCUGGAUCCAAGUAUUGAUGUCGCCGUUGUUGAGGUGACUGAUCCGAGUAGAUUACCAACUGCUGGCCAAUUUGCCAAUGCGAAACACAGUAGCUACAAAAAUGCAGGGUUUGACCAACUUCCCGAGUAUAACAGUGGAUCCAUCCAAGAAGACUUAACACAUUUCGGUACAACACACAUUGUGUUUAAAUUUGGAGGUUCCAGUGACGUCACAAAAGGAACACUAGAUGUGUGUGGAACUCACGUAAGACCACUGUCCACGGCUCUCGGCUUACCUAGAUGUACGGAGAAGGUCGAAAUGCAAAACCAGUAUCAAGUCAGUGGUACCCAUCCAACAAUGACGUUUUUUGCAGAGGGAGACUCCGGUUCACCCGUGUUUAUGAAGUCCGACACGGGUGAAUUAGUAUUAAUAGGAAUGGCUAUCGGACAUGCGUAUGUAGGUACCAACCCGUUUCCAUUAGCAGUUGUUACACCUAUCGGUGCAAUAUUGAAAACUCUAGGCACGCAGUACUCAAUAGCAUCGUUUCCAUAGGAACAUAUCAACAGUUAUUACCGCUGUAGAAUGUAGAGCUUUUCCUAACUGAUCUUUUACGCUACGUCGCAACAUUGAGUUAGGUUCCAUCUGUUUAACGUCAUGUAUAAAUCUAUCAUCACAUAAUGACUUAACUUGAUGCCUUUUGGUUUAAUGGAUGGCGAUGUUAUCGCCCACCUUGCGACUUAAUCUCUUAAUUGUGAGACAACGAUAUACACAUUGUUGUUUUAUAAUUCGAUAUUACAAACCAACCAAGGACUCGGGUAACUUAUAUGACGAUGAUUUGCCACAUGCCACACAAAUUAUCUUAUUUAUUACUGGUGUGUUUGUUACAUACCGCAGCCUCACAAAACCCACACACGCACUCACCACACGCAUACAUAUCGCAAACACGGGAGGCCGUCCUUAAAUGACCUUAGCUGUUAAUAGGACGUUAAACAAAUAAAACCAAACCAAAGCAAAUUGUUCACAAAUUGCACUAGUUGCUAUUACUUUUGUAUUUGUUGACAGAUUUGCAUGGUUGCAAGUAUUUGUUUUGGAUAUUUUUUUUUGUAAAUUUUUACUGAUUAACAUUUUGUUAUAUUUAUUCAAUGUCACGGGAUCAAACAGCUGAAUUUGUAUUUCAAGUUUAAUAUUUUUCACUGAUGAAUGUUUUCUUAUGACAAUUUGAUGCACAAUUAAAGGUUAAUUCAACUGACCAAAGAUCAAGUUUACUUGAUUAUAGUUUGUUUGGUUUAUCGCCCUGUGAACAGCUAGGGUUUUUACAGACAGUGUUCCUUGUAGUAGGCAGUGGCUACCGCACAGAAUAAAAUACGAGAGACGUUGUGCCUGUCAAACAGAGCAAUAAGGAUGUCUUUAAUCUGUUCUAAUCUUUUCCUUAGCUUCUCGAGGAACACGUCACCAGAAAGGAUUGCAAAAAUAACUACCUGAACACUUUCAAUAUCUGCACCAAUUUAUAUAUCUAUAUUUAUAUUUUUACGGCUAAAUUAUGA